AUGUAUAGAGAGAUCAUUUGCCUCCCCGCGGAGUCGGAGAACGAGUUUGACAUUACCAGCGCUCUUUUCCAACAUGACAGCGAUUCCGACGACGGCGCAAAGCCCCAGGCCCGUCAACAGAAGCAGAAGCCUGCUCCCCGGCAAGAUCUCGAUUUCCUCGGAUCGGACGAUGAUGGCGACGCAGCCUUCAUUGCAGGCCAGCAAGCAUCUGCCAACCGAAAAGGAUCAAGUCUGAAGGGUCGCACUGUGAAGAAGGGUGGUGGUUUCCAGGCAAUGGGUCUUAACAUGACCCUGCUCAAGGCCAUUUCCCGGAAGGGAUUUUCAGUGCCUACUCCGAUUCAGCGUAAGACCAUUCCCGUUAUUAUGGAUGACAAGGAUGUCGUGGGUAUGGCCCGUACUGGUUCCGGAAAGACUGCGUCGUUCGUUAUUCCCAUGAUUGAGAAAUUGAAGAGUCAUAGCACUGCGUUCGGUGCUCGUGCUUUGAUCAUGUCCCCAUCUCGUGAACUGGCUUUGCAAACUAUGAAGGUUGUCAAGGAGAUGGGACGUGGAACGGAUUUGAAGACUGUGCUCCUGGUCGGUGGUGACAGUCUGGAGGAUCAAUUCGGAAUGAUGGCCAACAACCCCGAUAUUGUUAUUGCGACACCUGGUCGAUUCUUGCACUUAAAGGUUGAAAUGGAUCUUGAUCUAUCCAGUAUCAAGUAUGUCGUCUUCGAUGAAGCUGAUCGACUUUUCGAAUUGGGUUUCGAAGCCCAGCUUAACGAGAUUAUGCACGGAUUGGCUGCCACCCGUCAGACUCUACUAUUUUCUGCUACAUUGCCCAAAUCCCUUGUGGAAUUCGCCCGCGCUGGUCUCCAAGAGCCCACCCUGAUCCGUCUGGAUACGGAAAACAAGAUCUCCCCUGAUCUACAAAACGCAUUCUUCGGAGUCAAGUCAUCAGACAAGGAGGGUGCCCUGCUACACAUUCUGCACGACGUCAUUCAAAUGCCUACCGGACAGACCGAAAUUGGCCACAUGCUUGAGCAAGAACGAUUGAACCCGACCCGCAAGCGCAAGAGGUCUGACGUGCGGAAGCCCAGCGGCUUCAAGGAGUCUCCGACCAAGCACUCGACUAUUGUAUUCGCCGCCACCAAGCACCACGUCGACUACCUUUACUCUCUUCUGCUCGAGGCAGGAUUUGCGACCUCCUACGCGUACGGUUCGCUUGAUCAGACGGCUCGUAAGGAGCAAGUUCAGAAUUUCCGAUCGGGUAUCUCAAAUAUCCUAGUCGUAACCGACGUUGCCGCCAGAGGUAUCGAUAUUCCCGUCCUUGCCAACGUCAUCAACUACGACUUCCCCUCCCAGCCUAAGAUCUUCAUUCACCGAGUCGGUCGUACUGCUCGAGCUGGUCAAAAGGGUUGGAGUUACAGCCUCGUUCGCGAUGCCGAUGUCCCCUACCUUCUGGACCUUCAACUGUUCUUGGGACGUCGAUUGGUUGUUGGCCGUCAGUAUGGCACUCAGGUCAACUUCGCCGAGGACGUAGUCGUGGGCACAUUGUCUCGUGAUGCGUUGUCUCGCAAUUGUGAAUGGGUCAACAAGGUUCUGGAUGAGGACACCGACAUCUACGGGCAGCGACAAGUUGCCGGGAAGGGAGAGAAGCUCUACCUGCGCACCCGUAACUCGGCUUCUGCAGAAAGUGCGAAGCGGGCCAAGGAGGUCGUCUCCUCUGACAACUGGGCUGCAAUCCACCCUCUCUUCAACGAUAAAACAAGCGAUCUGGAGAACGAGCGCGAGAACAUGCUAGCCCGCAUUGGUGGAUACCGGCCCCAGGAAACCAUCUUCGAGGCAAACAACCGCAGAGGUGGAAAGACCGACGAUAACGUUGCCGUCGAUACCAUCCGACGAAUUCGUACAUCUGUUGAGACCAAGAGAAAGCGCGCCGAUGCUAAAGCUGAGGCCGAGCUUUCCGCACUCGGCAUGCCGACUGGCGAAAAUGGUGAGGUGGAGGAUGAUGACAUGCCUGAUCAACCCGGUGAGAACAUGUCAGAGGCAUCUGAUGACGACCUCGAGGUCACUUUCGGCGCCUACAACAAAAAGAACACAGAUCAAGGACCCAAGAACCCUCUCGCCUCAUUCCAGAACCCCGACUACUUUAUGGGCUACACGCCUAACAACAACGAUAUGGCGGAAGACAAGGCUUACGGUGUCCACUCCGGUACCAACUCCAACUUCGCCCACGAGUCCCGUAGCGCAACCAUGGACCUGAACGGCGACGAAGGCAAGCGCGGUUUCGCGGAACCCCGUACAAUGAUGCGCUGGGACAAGCGACACAAGAAGUAUGUUGCUCGCCAGAACGACGAGGACGGAUCCAAGGGAACGCGCCUUCGGUCGCUUCCAGGCCUGGCAAAGGGCAAGCGAGCCGACCGCCUGCCCCGCGUUGGCGAGGCUGAGAAGCCUGGCAGCAUGUCCCAGGUCAACUCUCGUCACGCCACCGGCCGCUUCCGUCACAACCAGGACCGUGCGCCUAAGCGUGCUGAUCCUCUGCGUGGUGACUACGAUAAGAUGAAGAAGAAGAAUGAGGCUGCGCGCGAACGCCAAUUCGACAAGAUGGGCGGUGCGGCAUACGGUGGAAAGAGCGAGAUUCGGUCUACGGAUGAUAUUCGCAAGGCGCGUAAGCAGAAGCAACAGCGUCGCGAUAAGAAUGCCCGGCCGACGAAGAAGGGAAGAAGAUGA